UCUCCGCCGGCCCCACGAAGCAGCAGCGCGUCGCUCCGGUCGUGCGGACCGCCACCACGGUGACAACCGACCGCCCGGGGAAACAUUCGGUGUUUCGUUCUGCGUCACCGGAGCUCACAAAGGAUUUUACGGCCGUGCGGGGAUUCCGCCAUCCGGUCGUUUUUUUUUUUUGUUAGCAUCGAGCUAACCGGACAAGCCCCGCCUCCUUUUCAUUUGUCAACAAAGGGGUUUGACAAGCUCCGACAAGCCCCGCCCCCAUGCUGCCUUAAAAGGAUGAUUUGGCCGCACACGGCCAGCGAGCAAGCCGCGGGUAACCUCUUCCCUUCCCCGUCCCGUGCGUACGCUGCCUUCACUUCCUCCGUCGCCGUUAAAACGGAGCUACCAUGGCGGAGCGCGUACAGCAGCCCCCGGCCAAGCGGCUCUGCUGUAGACCGGGAUACAGCGCGGCGUGUCGGCAGGGCCAGCGGGCCGCGGGGGCGACGUGCGGCUCCGGAGCCGCGCAGGGCGACUCCAGCAAGACCCGGAACCCGGAGACCCUGCUGGACAUCGCGGCGCGGAGGGUCGCGGAGAAGUGGCCGUUUCAGCGGGUGGAGGAGCGCUUCGAGCGGAUCCCGGAGCCCGUCCAGAGGCGCAUCGUCUACUGGUCGUUCCCGAGGAGCGAGCGGGAGAUCUGCAUGUACUCGUCGUUCAACACCGGCGGGGAGGAGGUCGGCAGCGGCGGGGACAGCGGCGACGAAACGCGGCUGCCCUUCCGGCGGGGCAUCGCUCUGCUGGAGAGCGGCUGCGUGGACAACGUGCUGCAAGUCGGCUUCCACCUCAGCGGCACCGUGAGGGAGCCGGCCACCCCCUCGGAGGCGGAGCUGGUCUGCAACGUCAGCGUCAGCUUCGACCGCUGCAAAAUCACCGCGGUGACGUGCAGCUGCGGCAACAAGGACAUCUUCUACUGCGCCCACGUGGUGGCGCUCUCGCUGUACCGGGUACGGAAGCCCGAGCAGGUCAAACUGCGGCUGCCCAUCUCGGAGACGCUUUUCCAAAUGAACCGGGACCAGCUGCAGAAGUUCGUGCAGUACCUGAUCACCGUGCACCACACCGAGGUGCUGCCCACGGCGCAGAAGCUGGCCGACGAGAUCCUGUCGCAGAACUCUGAGAUCAACCAGGUCCACGGAGCUCCGGACCCGACGGCGGGCGCCAGCGUGGACGACGACAACUGCUGGCACCUGGACGAGGAGCAGGUCCAGGAGCAGGUCAAGCUCUUCCUCUCGCAGGGGGGGUACCACGGCUCGGGGAAGCAGCUCAACUUACUGUUCAGCAAGGUGAGGGAGAUGCUGAAGAUGAGGGACUCCAACGGGGCGCGCAUGUUGACGCUGAUCACAGAGCAGUUCAUGGGCGACCCCCGCCUGGCUCUGUGGAGGCAGCAAGGGACCACCAUGACGGACAAGUACAGGCAGCUGUGGGACGAGCUAGGGGCCCUGUGGAUGUGCAUCGUUCUGAACCCCCACUACAAACCCGAGCAGAAGGGCUUCUGGCUGCGACAGCUUCGCAGGUGGAACGGCGUGGACGUCUGUCCCUUGGAGGACGGUAACCAUGGCAGCGAGCUGACCAAUCUGACCAACGCCCUGCCCCAGGGCCCCCCAGGCCACCCAGAUCCGCUCACUCGCCCUCACCGGACCGUGUUCACGCGGGCCAUCGAGGCCUGCGACCUCCACUGGCAGGACCCCCACCUGCAGCACAUCAUCACCGAGGACCACUACGCCAACUACUGUUACCACGACAACCUCAACAGCUCCCUGUUCGACGCGCGAGGGUGGCCCCUGUGGCACGAGCACGUCCCGACGGCGUGCGCCCGAGUGGACGCGCUGAGGUCACACGGCCACCCGAAGGAAGCGCUGCGGCUCGCCAUCGCCGUGGUGAACACGCUGCGGCGGCAGCAGCAGAAGCAGGCCGAGUUCUUCCGCACGCACAAAAAAGAGCUGCUGCCCAAAGGCGUCACGUCGGUCACCAACAUGGAGGGCUGGGUGGGGCACCCUCUGGACCCCAUCGGCACCCUGUUCAGCACCCUGAUGGAGACGGGGCGGGGCGGCGAGGACGCGGCGCUGCUCGACUUCUCAGGCUCAGGGAGGAGGCCGGAGCAGCGCUUCCUGGAGGACGGCGAGUCGUUUGCGUCGCUCGCCGUGGAGACGGCUCUGAUUGGCUUAGGCCAGCAGAGGGUGAUGCCGGAGGGCCUCUACGCGCAGGAGAAGGUGUGCCGCCACGAGGAGCAGCUCCUGGCCCGGCUGCAGGAGGUCCACCUGGACGACGCGCUGGUGAAGAUCUUCAGGCGCCAAGCCGCUCUGCUGCUGGACGCCGGUCCCUACAGCGGUUUGGGGGAGCUCCUCUACAGAGAAAGCGUCCCCAUGCACACCUUCGCCAAGUAUCUCUUCACCUCGCUGCUACCUCACGACGCCGAGCUGGCGUACAAACUUGCACUGAGGGCCAUGCGGCUGCCGGUCCUGGAGUCCACGCCCCCCCCCGGCGACUUGUCCCGCCCUCACCACAUCGUGUCGGUGGCGUCCAACCGGCUCCCCCGCUGGUUCACCCUCAGCCACAUCGAGACCCAACAGUGUGAGCUGGCCUCCACCAUGCUCACCGCUGCUAAAGGCGACGCCCGUAAACUGGAGACGGUGUUGGAGUCGAUCCAGAAGAACAUCCACUCCUCGUCGCACAUCUUCAAGCUGGCCCAGGACGCCUUCAAGAUCGCCACCCUGAUGGACAGCCUGCCGGACAUCACGCUGCUCAAAGUCUCCCUGGAGCUGGGUCUCCAGGUGAUGAGGAUGACGCUGUCCACGUUGAACUGGCGGAGGAGGGAGAUGGUUCGGUGGCUCGUCACUUGUGCCACGGAGGCCGGUGUGUUUGCGCUGGACAGCAUCAUGCAGAGCUGGUUCACCCUCUUCACCCCCACCGAGGCCACCAGCGUGGUGGCCAGCACCGUCAUGUCCAACAGCACCAUCGUCCGCCUGCACCUGGACUGCCACCAGCAGGAGAACCUGGCCAACUCGGCGCGCACGCUGGCGCUGCAGUGCGCCAUGAAGGACCCGCAGAACUGCGCCCUGUCGGCGCUCACGCUCUGCGAGAAGGACCACAUCGCCUUCGAGACGGCCUACCAGAUCGUGCUGGAGGCGGCGUCCACGGGGAUGAACUACACGCAGCUGUUCACCAUCGCGCGCUACAUGGAGCACCGGGGCUACCCCAUGAGGGCCUACAAGCUCGCCACGCUGGCCAUGACGCACCUGAACCUCAGCUACAACCAGGACACGCACCCGGCCAUCAACGACGUGCUGUGGGCGUGCGCCCUCAGCCACUCGCUGGGCAAGAACGAGCUGGCGUCGGUCAUCCCCCUGGUGGUGAAGAGCGUGAAGUGCGCCACGGUGCUGUCGGACAUCCUGCGGCGCUGCACGCUGACCACGUCGGGCAUGGUGGCGCUGCACGGCCGCCGGGCCGCCGGCAAGCUGAUGCCUCUGGACAAGGCGCCGCUCAGGCAGCUGCUGGACGCCACCAUCGGGGCGUACAUCAACACCACGCACUCGCGGCUCACGCACAUCAGCCCGCGGCACUACAGCGAGUUCAUCGAGUUCCUGGGCAAGGCGCGCGAGACGUUCCUCAUGGCGCACGACGGACACGUCCAGUUCACGCAGUUCAUAGACAACCUGAAGCAGAUCUACAAGGGCAAGAAGAAGCUGAUGAUGCUCGUCAGAGAACGCUUCGGUUGAUCCAACCACCAAAAAGCCCUUUUUUUUUUUUUAUUGUCCUUUCUGACUUGAAAAUCCUCCGAAGACAUUCGUGCAAAUCUUCACCGUGGACGUGUCCUCUUGUUUCUGCUCAAAAGAGACCAGUUUGAUAAUGAAGGAGAAGAAGAAGCAGCUGGUUGACCUCCUGCUUCCUUCAGCUCAACAGCCUCAACGAAGAAGACUUAACGGCUUUAAACCAAAUGGAGAAACUCCAUCUGAAGUGACAA